AUGGACGACCUGCGAGUGGAAUGGAUCCGGGACCGGGUGUAUCUAGCCUUUCAGCUCGACAAUCCGGACUUUUUCGAGGAGCUGAUGGCCCGGAACGACGGCGAGGCCGAGGAAGAGAUUCUGCACUUCUUGGACCAGAGCUCCGAGGAGGAGGGCCCCGCGACGAUCUUCUUCUACCGCUCCAUAGUGGCGGAGGAGGUGGAGGUGGAGAUAGUGAAGCAUUCUCUUCGGAGUGGGUCAAAUAUUCAAAGUAACACAACUACAGAUCAAGAAGCAGGAGAAAAACCCCCAGUCAAGAAAAUCAUUAAGCAGAUGAUUGACAGAUUGUAUCUUCAGAUGAGUUCUGAUUUUGUUCCUGAAGAAUAUUUGUACCAAAAUAUCGUUUACUUUCUCAGAAAUGUAAAAGAGACUAUUAAUGAAGGUAGUGAUAUGGCUGAAGCCAUGGAACUCAUGCCUGAAAAAAUCGAGUACGGGAUACUGAAUGGGAACAUUCUAGAAUUGCUUAGGAAUGUUUUACUUCACGUUUUUAUGCCAGCUCUCUCCUUCAAUCAACACAAAGGGGAAGCGGCACCCACCAUCACUUCAGGAUCUGAGACGCCUCCUGAAGAAGACGUUCUGAAAUUGCCGGGGGAGGCAGUAGAAUAUCACAGUGUCCAGCUGAUACGGGAUGAAUUCCUAAUGAACCUGCAGAAAUUCACUAACCAUAUUCAGAGAACUAUACAACAACUUGAAGGAGAAAUUAAGUUGGAGAUGCCAAUGAUUAGUCUGGACAGGGAUGUGAAGGAGAUUGCUUCUGAGCCGGAAUCAGUGGAUUGUCUGGAACAAUGUGUGAUCAACUGGCUGACCCAGAUCACCUCGGCCAUAGAUCAACAGUUGAAAAAGACACCUCAGGGUAAUGGCCCAUUAGCAGAAAUAGAAUUCUGGAGGGAAAGAACUGCAACCUUUAGUGCUCUCCAUGAGCAGACCAAACUGCCAACAGUGAGAAAAGUUAUAGAGAUUAUCAAGGAGGCCGACUCCAUGCUCGUUACCAACCUGAUGCCUGUCUUGAAUGAUUUGUACAAAUAUCACAUAGAAGCUUCGGACAACGUUCGGUUUCUUUCCACAGUGGAGCGCCAUUUUAAGAAUUUAGCCCACGGAGCUGGAUUUAAUGUUAUUUUGGACACGCUUCCUUCCAUGAUGAGUGCAUUGCGGAUGGUCUGGAUUAUCUCCAGGCACUAUAAUAAAGAUGAGCGGAUGAUCCCCCUCAUGGAGAGGAUUGCCUGGGAAAUAGCCGAGAGAGUGUCCCGAGUCGUGAACUUACGGACCUUGUUCAAAGAGACUCGAUCAGUUGCACAAACCAAGGUAGCUGAGGCCAAGAGCACUCUUCUGCUGUGGAAGAAGUCUUAUUUUGAUGUCCGAGCCAAAAUUGAAGCCUCUGGAAGAGAAGCCCGGUGGGAAUUUGAUAGGAAACGCUUAUUUGAAAGAACAGAUUACAUGGCCACAAUCUGUCAAGAUCUGUUUGAUGUUUUACAGGUUAUUGAAGAAUUUUACAACAUAUUUGGUCCAGAACUGAAAGCUGUGACCGGCGAUCCAAAGCGUAUUGAUGAUGUCCUUGGUAGGGUGGAUGGUCUUGUCAGUCCUAUGGAAGUGCUAACCUUUGACCCCUUUAGCAUCAAGUGUUCCCAGUUCUGGAAGUAUGUUAUAGAAGAUUUCAAGAUUGAAGUCCUGGUUAUUGAGAAAGAAGCCAAGAACUUUAUUGAUGAAUCCUUUAAGACUCUUCGCUCAGCUGAAGCCGCUUUUGACAUGCUUUUAAAGUUUAAGCACAUACGCUCCCGGGAGGCUAUAAAUAAGCAGAUGAUGAUGAAGUUCAAUGACAUUUUGAACCAGUAUUGUAAAGAGAUUGACAUAAUUAAUCGCAUAUUUAUUCUGAAUCUUGAUAGUCCACCUCUCUACAAGAAUCACCCACCAGUUGCUGGUGCCAUAUAUUGGGAACGCUCUCUCUUCUAUCGGAUUAAGCACACCAUCCUUCGAUUUCAAGAAGUGGAGGAGAUGUUGGAUAGUGAUAGAGGCCGGGAAGUAAAACAAAAAUACCUGGAGGUGGGUAGGAGAAUGAAGGACUAUGAAGACAGGAAAUAUGAGCAGUGGAGAGAAUGGACAGAGCAGAAUCUACCAAACCUUCUGAAAAAAAGUCUGCUUGCUAAAGCCCGUUCAACUGGACAGACAGUUCUAGAUUAUGAAAAGGGGACUUACUUUGUCAUCAAUUUUUCUCCUGCUCUUAAAGAGACAAUUAAUGAAACCAAAUACAUGGAACAGCUGGGGUUUAUUGUACCUGAAUUAGCGAGAAAUGUUGCACUUCAGGAGGACAAGUUUCUUAGGUACACAGAAGGAAUAAGACAUAUGUUGGAUCAUUAUUAUAAGCUUUUGGGGACAUUAAAUGAGGCAGAAGCUCAGCUUCUCGAUGAUCAAGCCAUGGAUUUAUUGAGAGUGUUCAAGGCUGGAUAUAAGAGAUUGAACUGGAAUUCACUGGGAGAAACUUCACUGGACACAAGACACUGGAAAGAACUUAUGGAAAAGACAGGCAUAUUUUUCGAGAUGACAGAUACAUUUACUCUGGAAAAUAUGUUUGCCAUGGAACUUCACAAGCAUACAGAUGUUAUCCAGGAGAUUGUGGUCUCCGCAGUCAAGGAAAUCACCAUUGAGAAGGGUGUCAAGGACAUAUUGGACACAUGGGAAAAUAUGAAAUUUACUGUCAUUAAGUACUUUAAAGGAACUCAAGAACGAGGAUUCAUUUUGGGAUCAGUAGAUGAAAUUAUUCAAUGCCUUGAUGAUAACACUGUCAAUCUCCAGAGCAUUUCAGGAAGCAGAUUUGUGGGACCCUUUCUGACAACUGUGCACAAAUGGGAAAAAACUCUCUCCUUAAUUGGUGAAGUUAUUGAGAUAUGGAUGAUAGUCCAGAGGAAGUGGAUGUAUCUUGAAAGCAUAUUUAUUGGUGGUGAUAUACGCUCACAACUACCAGACGAGGCAAAGAAAUUUGACAACAUUGACCGAAUCUUUAAAAGGGCAAUCGAAUGGAUGUUGCUCUACCAAGGCAUGGUGGUGUUGGUUGCCAACCAAGUGUGGUGGACUUGGGAGGUGGAAGAUGUCUUUCGAAAAAUAAAGAAAGGAGAAAAACAGGCAAUGAAACUCUAUGGCCAGAAAAUGCACAGUCAGAUUGAUGAACUGGUAACUCAGAUCACCAAACCCUUAAGCAAAAAUGACAGAAAAAAAUACAAUACGGUUCUCAUCAUUGAUGUGCAUGCCAGAGACAUAGUCGAUUCAUUUAUAAGAGGCAGUAUUCUUGAAGCUAGAGAAUUUGAAUGGGAAAGUCAGUUGCGUUUUUAUUGGGAUCGAGAACCAGAUGAACUGAUUGUCCGUCAAUGUACCGGAACUUUUGGCUAUGGUUAUGAGUAUAUGGGUCUGAAUGGACGUCUGGUCAUUACACCAACUACAGACCGCAUCUAUUUGACGCUUACCCAGGCGUUGUCCAUGUACUUGGGAGGGGCCCCCGCAGGCCCAGCAGGGACAGGCAAAACAGAGACCACCAAAGACCUUGCCAAGGCCUUGGGCUUGCUUUGUGUGGUGACCAACUGUGGAGAAGGCAUGGAUUACAAAGCUGUUGGAAAGAUUUUCUCUGGCCUUGCCCAGUGUGGUGCUUGGGGCUGUUUUGAUGAAUUCAACCGUAUAGAUGCCUCUGUGCUUUCAGUCAUCUCCUCCCAGAUACAGACCAUUCGAAAUGCUCUGAUCCAUCAGUUAACAACAUUUCAGUUUGAAGGUCAAGAAAUUUCUCUGGACUCUCGCAUGGGCAUCUUUAUCACCAUGAAUCCGGGCUAUGCUGGCCGGACAGAACUUCCUGAGUCAGUGAAGGCUUUGUUCAGGCCUGUGGUUGUGAUCGUGCCAGACCUUCAACAGAUCUGUGAGAUCAUGCUCUUCUCAGAGGGAUUUCUUUUGGCAAAGACACUGGCCAAAAAGAUGACUGUGCUGUACAAACUGUCCCGGGAACAGCUGUCCAAACAACACCAUUAUGACUUUGGACUGAGGGCUCUUAAAUCAGUGUUAGUGAUGGCUGGUGAACUAAAGAGAGGGUCUGCUGAACUUAAGGAGGAUGUCGUCUUGAUGAGGGCUCUCAGAGACAUGAAUCUUCCCAAGUUUGUGUUUGAAGAUGUUCCUCUUUUCCUUGGCUUGAUUUCUGACUUGUUUCCUGGACUCGAUUGCCCUCGAGUUCGCUACCCCAGCUUCAAUGAUGCAGUAGAACAAGUACUAGAGGAGAAUGGUUACAUUGUCUUACCAAUUCAGGUAGAUAAAGUGGUUCAAAUGUAUGAGACCAUGUUGACCCGCCAUACCACUAUGGUGGUUGGACCUACCAGAGGUGGCAAGACAGUCGUCAUUAACACUUUAUGCCAAGCCCAGACAAAGCUUGGCUUAGUGACGAAGCUCUACAUACUAAACCCCAAGGCCAUGAGCGUGAUCGAAUUAUAUGGCAUUUUGGAUCCUUCUACCCGAGACUGGACAGAUGGAGUUCUGUCAAACAUCUUCAGGGAAACCAAUAAGCCAACUGACAAGAGAGAGAGAAAAUACAUUUUAUUUGAUGGUGAUGUGGAUGCACUCUGGGUAGAAAAUAUGAAUUCUGUGAUGGAUGACAACAAGCUAUUGACCUUGGCAAAUGGGGAACGCAUCCGGCUUCAGGCUCAUUGCUCUCUGUUGUUUGAGGUUGGGGACUUACAGUAUGCGUCUCCCGCCACCGUCUCCCGAUGUGGGAUGGUUUAUGUCGAUCCUAAAAACUUGAAAUAUGAGCCUUAUUGGAACAUGUGGGUUAACCAGAUCACCAACAAGCAAGAGCAAAAGUAUUUGAAUCAACUCUUCAAGAAGUAUUGCCCCUACCUUAUUGACAUGAUUGUGGAAGGAAUAGUAGAUGGCAGGCAAGGAGAGAAGCUUAAGACUAUAGUUCCUCAGACAGAUCUAAAUAUGGUGACUCAGUUAACCAAGAUGUUGGAUUCCUUGCUUGAAACAGAAGUAGAAGAAUUAGAAAUCUUGGAAUGCUUCUUCUUGGAGGCCCUCUACUGCUCCUUGGGGUCCUCCCUCCUUGAUGAUGGGAGACUUAAAUUUGAUGAAUGUGUUAAAAGAGUUUCCUCCAUGUCAACAGUAGCUGAAGAUGAAGACUGGGCCAAGCCUGGUUCAUUGCCAGGUCAGCUUCCAACACUGUAUGACUUCCAUUUUGAUUACAAAAAGAAGAGGUGGCUUCCAUGGAGCAGACUGGUUCCCGAGUACAUUCAUGACCGAGAUCAGAAAUUUAUUGACAUCCUGGUUCACACAGUGGAUACCACCCGUACAACGUGGUUGUUGGAGCAAAUGGUUAAAAUUAAACACCCUGUUAUUUUCGUGGGUGAAUCUGGUACCUCUAAGACAGCUACUACCCAGAACUUUCUAAAGAAUUUGAACCAAGACCUCUAUAUUGUACUCAUCGUUAAUUUCUCUUCUCGUACCACAUCCAUGGACAUUCAAAGGAAUUUGGAAGCAAAUGUUGAGAAGAGAACCAAAGACACUUAUGGACCACCAAUGGGGAAACGUCUCCUGGUGUUCAUGGAUGAUAUGAAUAUGCCAAAGGUUGAUGAGUAUGGCACUCAGCAACCCAUAGCUUUGCUGAAGCUCCUUUUGGAGAAGAGUUACCUUUACGACCGCGGGAAGGAGAUGAAUUGUAAAUCCCUUAAAGACCUUGGCUUCGUUGCUGCAAUGGGAAAGGCCGGAGGGGGUCGUAACGAAGUGGACCCAAGAUUUAUUUCUCUCUUCAACGUUUUCAAUGUGCCAUUUCCUUCUGAGGAGUCUUUACAUUUAAUUUAUUCCUCCAUCUUGAAAGGCCAUACCAAGGUGUUUACGGAACAGAUUGCUUGGAUUAGUGACUUAUUGACCACCUGCACACUUAUGCUUUACCAAAUCAUUGUCCAGGAUCUGCCUCCCACGCCUUCCAAGUUCCAUUACAUCUUUAACCUCCGAGAUCUCUCGAGAGUAUUUAAUGGUCUUGUCCUCACCAACCCAGAGCGGUUUCAGACAGAACCACAGAUGGUGAGAGUCUGGAGAAAUGAGUGUUUGAGAGUUUUUCACGACAGAUUAAUUAAUGAAUUUGACAAGUCCUUGGUUCAAGAACACAUCCAGACCUUGGUUAAGGACAAUUUUGAGGGAGAUUUGGAAUUUGUCAUGAGAAAUCCUAUACUCUUUGGAGAUUUUAGAAUGGCUUUGAAUGAAGGAGAGCCUCGGAUUUAUGAAGACAUCCAGGACUAUGAAGCUGCAAAAGCUCUUUUCCAGGAGAUUCUUGAAGAAUAUAAUGAAAGCAACACCAAGAUGAAUUUGGUUCUUUUUGACGAUGCUUUGGAGCACCUGAUUCGAGUCCAUCGAAUUAUUCGAAUGAAUGGGGGACAUGCGCUCCUAGUUGGGGUGGGGGGCUCUGGAAAGCAGUCCUUGGCAAGGCUGGCAGCCUAUACCGCUGGCUGUGAGGUAUUUGAAAUUGUUUUGAGUCGAGGCUAUUCUGAACCUAAUUUCCGAGAUGAUCUCAAGAACCUCUAUGUAAAGCUUGGAAUUGAGAACAAGGCAAUGAUUUUCUUAUUCACAGAUGGCCAUGUGGCAGAAGAAGGUUUCUUGGAGCUCAUCAACAAUAUGUUAACAUCAGGAAUUGUGCCGGCACUUUUCGCGGAUGAUGAAAAAGACAAUAUUCUAGGCCAGAUUGGACAAGAAGCUGCUAAAGCAGGGGCAGGAUUGGCUAAAGAAAGUGUCUGGCAGUAUUUUGUCAAUAAGAGUGCAAAUAACCUUCACAUUGUCCUUGGCAUGUCGCCAGUUGGUGAUACAUUGAGAACACGAUGCCGAAAUUUUCCAGGUCUGGUGAAUAAUACAGGCAUUGACUGGUACUUGCCGUGGCCUCCCCAAGCCUUACGAGCUGUUGCCGAGUCAUUUUUAGGAGACAACCCAAUGGUCCCAUUGGAUUACAUCGAAGAUGUGGUAGGACACAUUGUUAUGGUCCAUGAUUCUGUUGGUCAUUUUAGUAAAAAAUUCCUUCAAAAAUUGAGGCGAAGCAACUAUGUCACUCCCAAGAACUUCCUCGAUUUUAUCAAUACCUAUUCCAAGUUACUGGAUGAGAAAACUCAGUUCAACAUAGCACAGUGCAAGCGUCUGGAAGGAGGCCUGGAUAAGCUGAAAGAAGCCACCAUUCAGCUAGACGAGUUGAACGUGAAGCUCGCAGAACAGAAGAUUGUGCUUGCGGAGAAGUCGGCUGCCUGUGAGGCUUUGCUGGAGGAGAUCUCAACCAACACGGCAAUAGCGGAGGAAAAGAAAAAGCUUGCUGAAGAAAAAGCCAUAGAGAUAGAGGAACAGAAUAAGAUCAUUGCUGUGGAGAAAGCAGAGGCUGAAACGGCCCUGGAGGAAGCCAUGCCCAUCUUAGAAGCAGCCAAGCUGGAGCUGCAGAAGCUGGACAAGUCAGAUGUCACAGAGAUCAGGUCUUUUGCGAAGCCUCCUAAGCAGGUGCAGACAGUUUGCGAGUGUAUUCUGAUCAUGAAGGGCUACAAAGAACUCAACUGGAAGACAGCCAAAGGCAUGAUGUCUGACCCAAAUUUCCUGAGGUCUCUCAUGGAGAUGGAUUUUGAUGCAGUGACCCAGAGCCAAGUCAAAAACAUCCGUGCACUCUUGAAGAAUCUCAAUACAACCUUUGAAGAAAUGGAGGCUGUAAGCAAAGCAGGAUUGGGCAUGCUGAAGUUCGUUGAAGCUGUGAUGGGCUACUGUGAUGUUUUUAAAGAAAUCAAACCCAAAAGAGACAAGGUGGCAAGGCUGGAACGGAACUUUUUCCUCAGUAAAAGAGAACUGGAAAGAAUUCAGAAUGAGCUGGCCACACUUCAGGCUGAACUAGAAGCUUUGGGAGCCAAAUAUGAGGCAGCCAUACUGGAAAAGCAACAGCUCCAAGAAGAAGCCGAGAUCAUGGAAAGGCGGCUGAUUGCUGCUGACAAGUUGAUCUCCGGCUUGGGCUCAGAAAACGUGAGAUGGCUGGCUGAUUUAGAAGAGUUGAUGCACCGAAGAUUCAAGUUGUUGGGGGACUGUCUGCUUUGCUCUGCUUUCCUGAGCUAUGAAGGGGCCUUCACCUGGGAGUUUCGAGAUGAGAUGGUGAAUAUUGUGUGGCAAGGAGAUUUACUGGAACGGGAAGUUCCCCUGAGCCAGCCUUUUCGAUUAGAAAGCCUGCUCACAGAUGAUGUGGAGAUUAGUAGGUGGGGCUCUCAAGGCCUGCCUCCUGAUGAGCUCUCUGUUCAGAAUGGUAUCCUUACCACUCGAGCCAGUCGUUUUCCUUUGUGUAUUGAUCCCCAGCAACAAGCCCUAAACUGGGUAAAGAGAAAAGAAGAAAGAAAUAACCUCAGGCAUCUAGUAGGAUGCUCUGCUCUUCCCAUCACAUUGAAAGGCCUGGAGGAUCAGCUACUCAGUGUCAUUGUGGCCUAUGAGAGAAGAGAACUCGAGGAACAAAGAGAACAUCUCAUCCAGGAGACGAGUGAAAACAAAAACUUACUCAAAGAUUUGGAAGAUUCCCUCCUCCGAGAACUGGCAACCUCCACAGGCAACAUGUUGGAUAAUGUGGACUUGGUACAAACCCUUGAGGAGACAAAGAUGAAAGCUACUGAGGUGUCAGAGAAACUUAAACUGGCUGAAAAGACAGCAGUAGACAUUGACCGACUACGAGAUGGUUACCGGCCGGCUGCCAAGAGGGGUGCCAUCUUGUUCUUUGUUUUAUCCGAAAUGGCACUUGUUAACACCAUGUAUCAGUAUUCAUUGUCUGCCUUCUUAGAUGUCUUUGUUUUCUCACUUAAGAAAUCAGUGCCUGAUUCUUUUCUUCCAAGGAGAUUAAAACACAUCAUGGACACCCUCACUUUCAAUAUCUAUAACUAUGGCUGCACAGGGCUGUUUGAAAGACACAAGCUGCUCUUUUCUUUUAACAUGACGAUCAAGAUAGAGCAAGCAGAUGGCAGGGUCCCUCAGGAAGAACUUGACUUCUUUUUGAAAGGAAACAUUUCCCUGGAGAAGAGCAAGCGAAAGAAGCCUUCCUCUUGGCUGGCUGAUCAGGGCUGGGAAGACAUUAUUCUUUUAUCUGAGCAGUUUCCAGAUGUCUUUGGGAAACUUCCUGAUGACCUAGAGAAAGAGGAUACUGUGUGGAAAGCGUGGUAUGACCUGGAUUCACUGGAACAGUUUCCAUUCCCCUUGGGCUAUGAUACUCGCGUGACCGAUUUCCAGAAGCUGCUUAUUCUGCGAUGUUUCCGAGUGGACCGAGUCUAUCGGGCGGUGACUGACUACGUGACUGUGACCAUGGGGGAGAAGUAUGUCCAACCUCCAAUGAUCAGCUUCGAAGCUAUUUUUGAACAGAGCACUCCAAAUUCACCUAUUGUGUUCAUCCUGAGUCCCGGCUCUGACCCUGCUAGUGAUCUUAUGAAAUUAGCCGACAGAUGUGGCUUUGGAGGGAAUCGCCUCAAAUUCCUUGCAAUGGGUCAAGGGCAGGAAAAGGUGGCAUUGCUGCUGCUGGAGACUGCUGUGGCCCGGGGGCAGUGGCUGAUGCUACAGAACUGCCAUCUUCUUGUCAAAUGGCUAAAGGACCUGGAGAAGUCUCUGGAGAGAAUCACGAAGUCCCACCCAGACUUCCGCCUGUGGCUCACCACUGACCCCACUAAAGGCUUCCCGAUUGGAAUCCUGCAGAAAUCCUUAAAGGUCUGCAUGGAAAUCUUGAACACAUAUUUGACAAAAGCCUUCCAGCAAAAUGACAACAAGAUCCCUUGGGGGAGUCUCAAGUAUCUCAUUGGAGAGGUCAUGUACGGGGGCCGGGCUAUCGAUAGCUUUGACCGGCGUAUCCUGACCAUCUACAUGGAUGAGUAUCUGGGGGAUUUCAUCUUCGAUACCUUCCAGCCAUUCCACUUCUUCAAAAAUAAGGAUGUCGAUUACAAAAUCCCAAUGGGUGACAAUAAGGAAAGUUUUGUAGAAGCAAUAGAGGCCCUUCCGCUUGCCAACACGCCAGAGGUGUUUGGGCUCCAUUCAAACGCCGAGAUUGGCUAUUACACUCAGGCCGCUCGAGACAUGUGGUCCCACCUGCUGGAGCUGCAGCCGCAGACAGGGGAGUCCGGCACUGGCAUCAGCCGGGAAGAUUACAUCGCCCAGGUGGCCCAGGACAUCGAGAACAAGAUGCCCAAAGUGUUUGACUUGGACAGUAUCCGUAAACACCUGGGCCUGGGCAUCUCUCCCACCACCGUGGUCUUGCUGCAAGAACUGGAGCGUUUUAACAAACUCACCAUCCGGAUGAUGAAAUCUUUGGCUGAACUCCAGCGCGCCUUGGCUGGGGAGGUUGGGAUGAGCAACGAGCUGGACGACGUGGCCCGGGCCCUUUUUAUUGGGAACAUCCCUGGCAUCUGGAGAAAACUUGCCCCCGACACCUUGAAGACCCUCGGAAACUGGAUGUUGUACUUCUUGCGGAGGUUUGCUCAGUACACGACUUGGGUUUUAGAGAGUGACCCCAAUGUGAUGUGGCUGUCAGGGCUGCACAUCCCCGAGUCCUACCUCACAGCGCUGGUGCAGGCCACCUGCCGGAAGAACGGUUGGCCCUUGGAUCGCUCCACCUUGUUUACCCAAGUGACAAAGUUCCAAGAUGCAGACGAGGUGACGGAACGAGCAGGGCAAGGAUGCUUCGUGUCAGGGCUCUAUCUAGAAGGUGCCGACUGGGACCUGGAGAAAGGCUGCCUUAUCAAGAGCCAGCCUAAGGUGCUGGUGGUUGACUUGCCUAUUCUGAAGAUAAUCCCCAUCGAAGCCCACCGUCUCAAACUGCAGAAUACCUUCCGGACACCCGUCUACACCACAUCGAUGAGAAGAAAUGCAAUGGGGAUCGGCUUAGUUUUUGAGGCCGACCUUUUCACGACGAGGCACAUUUCGCACUGGGUGCUACAGGGCGUAUGCCUCACCUUGAAUUCUGAUUAA